GGGCGGGCCAGUGGAGCCGGCGGCCCUGGCACGUGAUCCGGGAGCGGCUCGGUCGCUUGGUGGCUCGGUCUGUCUGUCCGUCCGCGGGUGCCAUCAUGGCGGACGCAGCCAGUCAGGUGCUCCUGGGCUCCGGCCUCACCAUCCUGUCCCAGCCGCUCAUGUACGUGAAGGUGCUCAUCCAGGUGGGAUAUGAGCCUCUUCCUCCAACAAUAGGACGGAAUAUUUUUGGGCGGCAAGUAUGUCAGCUUCCUGGUCUGUUUUGUUAUGCUCAGCACAUUGCAAGCAUCGAUGGGAAGCGUGGGUUGUUCACAGGCUUAACUCCAAGACUGUGUUCAGGUGUCCUUGGAACUGUGGUCCAUGGUAAAGUUUUACAGCAUUACCAGGAAUGUGACAAGGUCGAGGAUUUAGGCUCUGGAAAUGUACAGAAAGAAGUCACACCUUCCUUUGACCAAGUUAUCAAGGAGACAACUCGAGAAAUGAUGGCCCGUUCCGCUGCUACCCUCAUCACACAUCCCUUCCACGUGAUCACACUGAGAUCUAUGGUACAAUUCAUUGGCAGAGAAUCCAAGUACUGUGGACUUUAUGACUCCAUAGUAACCAUCUAUCGCGAAGAGGGCAUCCUAGGAUUUUUUGCGGGUCUUAUUCCUCGCCUCCUAGGUGACAUCAUUUCUUUGUGGCUCUGUAACUCACUGGCCUACCUCGUCAAUACCUAUGCACUGGACAGUGGGGUUUCUACCAUGAGUGAGAUGAAGAGUUAUUCCCAAGCUGUCACAGGAUUUUUUGCCAGUAUGUUGACCUAUCCCUUUGUGCUUGUCUCUAAUCUUAUGGCUGUCAACAACUGUGGGCUUGCUGGUGGAUCCCCUCCUUACUCCCCAAUAUAUACUUCUUGGAUAGAUUGCUGGUGCAUGCUACAAAAAGAGGGAAAUAUGAGCCGAGGAAAUAGCUUGUUUUUCCGGAAGGUCCCCUUUGGGAAGACUUAUUGUUGUGACCUGAGAAUGUUAAUUUGAAGAUGUGGGGCAGGGACAGUGACAUUUCUAUAGUCCCAGAUGCACAGAAUUAUGGGAGAGAAUGUUGAUUUCUAUACAGUGUGGCGCGCUUUUUUUAAUAAUCAUUUAAUCUUGGGAAAAUGGAGGUGUUCAGUGUCUGCCUUUUUUGUUCUUUUUCCCAGCACUACAUAAUUUACCACUGAUGGUCCCCUUCUGUUAUUCUGAAACGGGACGUUUUUGCUCCAGAGUCCUUAUUUAAAUAGGGAAGAAAAAAAAGUUUAAUUUUACAAGAGGUAUAGGCAGGUUUUCAUGUGAUUUGAAUCUUAAUUUUAAAGCUUUGUAAAAUUGUAAGGCUUUCUCAAGAAAGAAAGAAUUCCAUAAAACUUAAGAAAUAUAAUAAGGUAAAUUACUUGGGAGAUUAUUAAUUACCUUUCUUUAGUAGACCCUAAAGCCUCAGCAUCCAUCAGAAUCUGCCUCCCAUUAAAUGCUUCUAAGCACGUUUGAUUAACUCUGUCUCUCAUCCUUCAAAAAAAAAAAAGAAUCUAUUGCUAAAUUACCCUGGAAAAUCUCUCCACUGGGUAUCCUCUCCUUCAGUCUCUUACUGCAAAGUAACAAAUUGUUGCCAACAACAAAAACAAAGGGAAAAUUACAGAGAACAAGCAAGAUUUGGAAAGGAAGCCAUAAUAGCUUCCUCCCUCCCACCCGGCGACCACGCAAAAGAAACUCUUGUCGUAAAAAUAUGAGAAGCAAAUACUGUAGCAGUAGCCUCUUCUGUAAGAGUGAAGUCUUUGUAUAUCAGAUUUUCUGUACAGAUUAUCAUCUUACAAUCUUUUCUUCAGUUUUUAAUUUUCAUUUUUGUUGUUGCAGAAGGUGAGUAAUUUGCUUUUCCUUCCUACCUGGUAAUGCACACUUAGAUCCACAGGGCACUUAGGAUAUUGACCACCUCGCAUGUCAUACUCUCAGGCAUGUUAGCAUUCAUAGGAGAAAAAAAAUACCAUUUUAGAGGGAAAUAAUUUCAACUCAAGCAUAAAGCUCCUAUUUACUCAGGCCUUUAUAAAGCAGGUUCAAAUGCUCUAGGAUGAGAAAGCAUAUGGUUUCACUAAUUUAAUCCACUGGGAUGUUGCCAAAUGACUAAGCACUUAAUUUGCUGCUUCUCACACUUCUCUAUCAAAAGAGCAGCGCCCAUAAUAUUAGAGUGAGCAUGCAGGGGUCUCCUCUCUCCCUCAGGGUUUAGGAAUACAGCCUGAAGCUCAUGAGAAGCCUACCUUGAAAUGUCUUUGAUGUCUCUUAACUGUCUCAAAAAGUAAUGUAAAUUUUAUAUUCUAUUCAAUAUUAUCUGCAUUUGUUUUAAUAUAAAAAUGUUUUGCAUUACCCACUUUUUCCCCCCAAAAAAACCUUCAGUAAAGAUGAUCUAGGAAAAUG